AUGGCGUCAGCAGAACAAAGAGAAUCUUUAAGAGAAGAUAUUGAAUUAUAUAAAAAUACAGGGUAUUUUGAGGAAGAAGUAAAUGAAACAAAUGAGAAAAAUGAGGAUGAAGAAAAUGACGAAGAGGAUGAAGAAAAUGAAGAGAAGAAUAAUGAUAACAAUGAACAUUAUAAUGAGAAUGAAGAAAAUAAGAGUGUGGGAGAUAGAGAAAAGGAUAAAAAUGACAAUAGUGAUAAUGAGAGUAAUGAAGAAGAAAAUGAAGAGAGUGAAGAUAGAGAAGAUAGUUAUGAUCAAAAUGAUGAUAGUAAUA